CAAAUGGUAAGCUUCACGACAACCGUUGAGCUCCGCAUUUUAAAAACGGUUGUUAAUUGGCAUCGCUCUAACCCUCUUUUGCUACCCUACCCUCAUUGCAGAUAGAUUUAAUGUUUCUUCAACCGAGGAUAUCCCAACCAUCAAGUACUUAAUUUGUCGAAGGUCCGAGAGGCUCUCCUCCAUUCUCACAUAUUUAUAUCAGUUCUUCAUCUUCAACUGGAGGUACUCAUCACACUUCAUCUCUUUUACCAUUCAUCGCAAUAUAGCUACAUACACACUCAACACACUCACCACAUUCAACACAUUCAUCAUGGCACCUAGUCGACUUACAGAAGAGGAUGAGGUAGCUGUCCCGGAGAUCAGUUACGACAUUAACGUUCCAUAUAACCAUGUGUCCGAUGAAUACGAUCAGAGCUCAAAACGUCGAACUGAAUUUCCAAGUUACCUUCCAUCGGUAAGUGUUUAGGUUCAAUUCUAUAUCAUCAGUCAGCCACUAACAACCACAAAGUGGGAAGACGAUGUCUGGUUCGACGAGGUACAGCACUUCGAGUAUUAUGACCCAGCCCUGCGGGCCGAUAAGUCUAAGCCAAACCUUUUCAAUGGUGGUGUUAAAGCCAAACACAUCACACCUAAAAUGGGAACCAUUUUGACUGGCGUAAAAUUAGAGGAGCUCUCUGAUGAAGGCAAAGAUGAGCUUGCUCUUUUGAUAACCGAGAGAAAAAUCGUUGUUCUCCGCGAACAAUCCGACUUUCUUCAUUCCGGACCUCAGUUCCAACAAGAAUUCAUGUCGUAUUUUGGACCUUUGAGCAUUCAGCCUGUAUCUGGUUCGGUCAAAGGACACCCUCCUUUCCAUGUUAUUCAUCGCGAUCACAAUGAAGAAGAAAUCGCAAAUUUCUUCCAGAAAAAGUUGACCUCAACACUCUGGCAUCACGAUGUCAGCUACGAAAAGCAGCCGCCUGGAUAUGUUAUGCUUGGCAGUAAGUUUGAAACCUAGCUAUACAAACCGAGAAAAUCUAACACCCAACCAGUAUUAGCAUGUCCCGAUGUUGGUGGUGACACCGUCUUCGCCGAUACAGUUGAAGCAUACAAACGCCUUUCACCUACAUUUCGCGCCAUGAUUCAGGACUUAAAGGCAACUCAUUCGUCACAGAAGAUGAUCGGUUAUGCCCGUGCUGCACGAGGAACCGUCCGAACCGACCCGAUCGACUCCCUGCACCCAAUCGUUCGCGUACAUCCCGUUUCGGGCGAAAAGGCCCUUUAUCUCAACUCGGAGUUUUUAACCGAUAUUGUCGGGCUCAAGGAUGGAGAAAGAGAGAUGCUUAUGAAAUUCUUGGUCGAUCAUGUUUGCAUGGGUCAUGAUUUCCAAGCUAGAGUAGGAUGGGAAAAACACUCAGUGGUUAUGUUUGAUGGGAGAAGUACUCUUCGUACGUUUUUAUCUUUCUUACCAUUCUUUUCACAUGCAGGUUCUAACGAAUAAUCCAGACACCGCGACCGUAGACUAUGAUUCCCGUAUCCAAGCGCGUCACCUGUUCCGCUUGGCAGCCAUGACGGAAAAACCCAUCUCAGUCGCUGAAUGGGAAGCCCAUCUCCAUGAUGACAAAUCCUCCGAGACGUCGGAAUCUUCGAAUUCGAGCGUGAGCUCGGAUUAAGGGAUGGUACGUGAGAUGAGACGAAAAAGUUUUUGUGUGAUUUUUUUUUUUCAUUGCAAGCAAGCGGGGAUACCAAUACCAAAACGUUUUGAUUUUCUUUGCUAUUUCGUUUUUUAUUUUUAUAUUUUUCUGUCCAUCUCUUUUUGUUUGGGGUUCAGCUAUAAAGGGGUUUCUCUCUUCUCGCGAUGUAUGCCGGGAUAAAAAAUAAUUCCCUUUCGCAUCCUUGGGGUUUUUGGGCAGGGUUUUAGGGGUUGAUGAUAUGUUGCGCUUCUACGUACUAUUACUAGGAUUGUACUGUGCAAGGCGAUCUGGACUUGGAGUUCGUUUACUUUUAGGCUUUCUUAUCCACUAAUGAUUUUGUUCAUGAAAAGAUUUACAAAUAUCAUAUUAGUACGAUUGAAAGCUAAAUUCGAAUUCAGAUCCGAAACCUCAAAAUAUACACAUGUUUUCUUGAUAUUUAUGGUGUUUGC